UUGCUCGAUUCGGGAUAAAGCACAUAUUGAAAUGAGCUUUUAUCUAAAGACAGUUUUAGCUAGCCUACUUUUUUGCGAGUGCUGGGACCGGUAGGGGCUAGUAACGUUAAGCUACUGUGAUAAACACGAGUCUUGCUGGUUUUACACUGAAAAUGUUUAACUAUUACAAGCCAAAAGUCUUAGCUGUUAACGUUACCUACUAGUUGGACAUGAAACGUCACAUUAGCUAAAUAAGAAUGCGACAGGAGUGGGGACUGGUUCUUAAAGGGAUGUCAUAAAUCGCAGUUAGCUAGUUAGCUUGCUAACCUCACCUGUUAACAGCUCCUAGGCUCUCAGACUGAACAACAACAGCUAUGCCAGGUUUUCCUUUAUCAUUUCUUUUGCAGCAUUCACCAGGAUGCAGACUUUUAUUGGAACAAAUGGACAAAAGCAAAUGUUGCACACUAGUUACCUGAUGAAUUUUGCAGGCUUUCCACCGUCUUUUUUAUAUAUAAUGCACAAAUCCAUAACUCGUGAUUUGUGGCCCAUAUCAGUAAUUCAUCUGCCCUCAUCGUGGUACCCUUAUUUAACGAUAAUGGUUGCUGACAGAUUGUGCUCUGUGGUGUUUAGAGUCUUUGUCAGCCUCUGAGCGUGAGUAUCACUGCUUCACUCCAUCAUCACAGAGUACCACUGAAGCCUUGUUGACUACAGUGGUGGCGGGGCAGGAGUCCACAGCUCAGGAUGGCGUCACCCUUUGUACCUGUCCCGGUGCCCAUGGACAGAGCCUUGCCGGGUGGUAAUGACAAGCUUAGACAUCCACAGCGAGCUUCAUCACUAGGUAGCAUCUCCAGCAGCUCGGAGUCUUCUUCCUCUUUCACCAGGAUGUCCAGGGAGGACCCUGUAUUAGGCUCCCAGCACCAGUCUCGCUGCAUGGACGGAGGCAGCCACAGCUGGGCACCUCCACCCCUCCAGCGCCCCAUGGUACAGACCAAGAUCAAUGGGACUCUGGAGCCCUCUGUGGAGUACAUCAGCUGCCCACGUUCCCUGUCAGAUCCCACUGGGAGCCAGCAAGGCGAGGAGAGGCCUAUCACCCCCACUGUGCUUGGAUAUGAGGUCAUGGAAGAGAGGGCCAAGUUCACGGUGUAUAAGAUCCUGGUCAAGAAGACACCGGAUGAGAGCUGGAUUGUUUUCAGAAGGUACACAGACUUCUCCAGGCUAAACAACAAGCUGAAGGAGAUGUUUCCAGGCUUCCGCCUCUCGCUGCCUCCAAAGCGGUGGUUCAAAGACAACUAUGACAGUGAUUUCCUAGAAGACAGACAGAUGGGCCUGCAGGCCUUUUUGCAAAACCUGGUUGCACACAAGGACAUUGCCAACUGUGUGGCAGUGAGAGAGUUUUUAUGCCUGGAUGACCCACCUGGGCCCUUUGAUAGUCUGGAGGAGAGCAGGGCGUUCUGUGAGACUCUAGAAGAGAGCAAUUAUCGUCUCCAGAAAGAGCUGCUGGAGAAACAGAAGGAGAUUACUUCCCUGAAGAGGAGGCUGGAGGAGAGGGAGCAGGUCAUCCUGAAACUGGAGAAGCAUAUCAAUGGUGAAUGCAUGAGCCUGGAAUCUCCAUCUGGUUUGUCAGCUCAGUGCAGUGACAGCAGCGCAGAUGUGGAGUCGUCCCCUGCAGAGGCUGAUCAGGACAUGCCCGAUGACACUGGUGGUAGGUGUGAGGUCCAGCCAAUGCAAUCCUCUGCUUGUUGGUGUGGGCCGUCACUCAGCGCCUCUCCUCCAGUUAUCAAGGUCACCCAGCUUUACCAUUAGAAGCUGGAGGACUGAUGACCAACACUGGGCUCUUUUCAUUUGUACUCAGUCUCCUCCCCUACUACACCACUUAUGUUGGAUAGCUACUCCACACCCAACUUAGUUUUUUUUUCUGCUCUCUCCUCAACCUGCUCCCAUCACCUCUCAGCAGUUGUUCCACCUUUCAGUUGGAUCUGAUGUAGCCUUUUUCAAAACUUGUGUGUGGGGUUAAUGGGGAACGAUUUUAUACUGACACAACCUUAUAUUUCCUCUAUACAUUGGAUCAUGGGCUAUUAUGUGUGGCACCUACAGAAGACUUCUUCAUGAAGACCUUAAGCAGCUUCUUGUAAGAGUUAUAUUUGGACAUGGCUCUAUUUCUUCAAACCUCAGACUAAGCAAUUCUUAAACAGUGUGAAAAUUUCUCUGUCCUCAUCGUUCACUUGUGAACCUCUUAUCAUGGAUUGAAUAAUUUAAUCCUGUGGUGACAAAGCCAAAGUUUGGCUUCUUAGCCAGAAAGAAUAAAAAGAUAACUUAAAGAAUCA